AUGUCAUUGGAGGCUAUAAGUUUUGAUAGGUCGAAUCCUGAAAGGGUUUCAGUAAAGGUACUGGAUCAAUUACUUUUGCCAUACACUACUAAAUACAUUCCGAUUCAUACAAUUGAUGAGGGCUACUCGGUUAUCAAGAGCAUGCAAGUAAGAGGUGCACCAGCUAUUGCGAUCGUCGGCUCAUUAUCUGUCUUAACUGAAAUACAACUAAUAAAACAUGAUCCAUUUUCCAAUGUUACAAAACUGUAUAAUCCAACAAAUUGGGAAGCUACAAGAAAAGUGCUGAAUGAAAGGUUAGAUUUUCUUUUGAGCAGCAGGCCAACCGCGGUUAAUUUAUCGAACUCUCUAGCGGAAAUUAAAACUAUAUUAAGAUCUUCAAAUGAUCUCCAAGUUUUUGAUCGUGAUUUAUGCCGUUAUACUUGUCGAUUGAUAGACGAGGAUUUAGCAAAUAAUAUGAAAAUGGGUGAUAAUGGUGCAAAAUAUCUUUUGGACGUAUUAGAGAAGGAUGGGUUCAAGGACGAAUUUGCUGUUCUGACAAUUUGCAAUACCGGUUCUUUGGCUACGUCUGGAUAUGGUACUGCUUUAGGUGUCAUUCGUUCUUUAUGGAAAGAUUCCGUGGCUAAAACUCAUGAAGCAAGUUUAGGAUUAGAUAAUGAAAAGCAUGCUAAAAUGGACCACGUAUUCCCAUUAGAAACAAGGCCUUAUAAUCAGGGGUCAAGAUUAACUGCAUACGAACUGGUUCAUGAAAAGAUUCCGUCUACAUUAAUUACAGAUAGUUCUAUUGCGUAUAGAAUUAUAACUAGUUCAACUCCGAUUAAGGCAGCGUUUGUUGGGGCUGAUAGAAUUGUCCGUAAUGGGGAUACAGCCAACAAAAUCGGUACCUUGCAACUUUCUGUGAUUUGUAAGCAAUUUGGGAUUAAAUUUUUUGUAGUUGCUCCAAAAACAACUAUUGAUAAUGUAACAGAAACUGGUAGUGAUAUUAUUGUGGAAGAACGUAGGCCUGAAGAAUUUAAAUUAGUAACUGGCACAGUCGUUGAUCCUGAAGAUGGCUCUUUGAUUCUGAAUGAAUCAGGAGAGCCAAUUUCAGGGAAAGUUGGUAUUGCUCCUCCUGACAUUGACGUCUGGAAUCCUGCCUUUGAUAUUACUCCGCACGAGUUUAUUGACGGAAUUGUCACAGAAGAAGGUGUAUUUACCAAAAACUCUGACGGUGAGUUUGAUCUACAACGUCUUUUUAAAUAA